CCUGAAAAUAUCAUCUGUUGCAGGCUUUUUGAGUAUCUCUCUGAGAAUUCAUUGAACUUCCCAGUGAUUCAUCACAUACACUUUCCCAAUGAUACCCACAGGGAUGAUUUAGUGAUUGGUGCUGGGGCAAAUGCUGGGGCUCUCUUGGUAGAUGGGCUCGGAGAUGGUAUUCUGUUGGAAGCUCCAGAUCAGGAUUUUGAUUUCCUCAGAAAUACGUCUUUCAAUUUGCUUCAAGGUUGCAGAAUGCGGAAUACAAAAACGGAGUACGUAUCAUGCCCAUCGUGUGGCAGAACUUUAUUUGAUCUUCAAGAGAUAAGUGCUCAAAUAAGGGAGAAGACGUCACACUUGCCCGGUGUUUCAAUUGCCAUCAUGGGCUGCAUUGUGAAUGGACCUGGGGAGAUGGCUGAUGCGGACUUUGGAUAUGUUGGUGGUGCUCCUGGGAAGAUUGACCUUUACGUCGGCAAGGCGGUGGUAAAACGCGGUAUUCAAAUGGAGCAUGCAACAGAUGCCUUGAUCCAGCUAAUUAAAGAUAACGGCUGCUGGGUGGAUCCUCCGGCUGCGGAGUAAGAUCAACUGGAAGAGUUAACAGAUGGAACUGGGAGGGAGGUCU